AUGUCCUCACUGCCGCCAGAGAACUGCACCAACACGACCUCGUCCUUGUUAGUCAUACCAGCGGAUCACUCGAGGGGCUGGUUGGCUCUCAACCUCGUCAACUUGGGUGCAGUCAGUAUCUUGAGGGUCUCUUUGGACGGACAUUCAAUUUUUGUCUAUGCUGCUGAUGGUCUUUAUACCAAGCUACAGGAAGUCAACGUGCUCCACAUGGAGCUCGGCCAGCGGUAUUCCGUCAUGAUCAAACUAGACCAAUCUCCAGGAGAUUACUACCUUAGAUUCGCUACUUUUCCCAGCGGUGACAUGCAGCAGGUCCUGGAAGGUCGAGCGAUCGUGUCAUACGAAACUGAUGUUGUCACCUGGAUAAUUGAUCGCGCGCCAUUCAUGGAGCCAGACAUCCCUCUCAUCUACGGGGAAAACUCCUCAGGCUGGGAUGCAAACACGACUAUACAUCUGCCGAUCAACUCUACCAUUGACAUCAUCAUGAGGAUCUCAAACGAGUCCAUGGAUACAAUGGGUCAUCCGAUACACCUCCAUGGUCACAAGUUCUGGCUCUUGGGUUCUGGAGUGGGAGAUUUCCCAUACACAAAUGUCACAGAUGCGCCGAAGGAGCUCAUCAACCUUGAAGAUCCUCCAUACCGUGACACGAUUGGCCUCCCUUCCCAGGGUUGGGCUGCUCUUCGCAUUCCCGCUACUGCAUCCUCGGACAGCUAUGUAACCGAUAACCCCGGUGCUUGGAUCUUCCAUUGCCAUCUUCAAUGGCAGGCUGUCGUGAGCUUUUCCCCGAUUGACGUGUGCCAUCCCAGAAACUGA